CGCUGCUUUUGCUCUUCCUGUAAGCGCGCUUGAACAUUCACACAUUUUUUACCGGCUUGCUUUAUUUUUCGCAAAACGUAAAAAAUAAUAGAAAAAAUGCCUAAAGCAAAGAAGCAACGUACUCCCUCUUCGGAAAGCGACAGCGGCCCAGAGGAUCGCAAUCCGCCGGCAAACAAGAAGGCCAAGGAAUCUUCUACGAAAUCCGAUGCCGGAGAUGGGCCAACCACUUGGACUCUUGAGGGACUUCGCCAGGUGCGAAUCAACGAGUUCCGCGGGCGCAAGAUGGUGGACAUACGAGAGUACUAUGAGAAGAACGGCGAAAAUUUGCCCGGCAAAAAGGGCAUCUCACUCUCCAUAAAGCAGUGGAAAAAACUCCUUGAAGUGGCUGAGGAAGUCACGCGCGCCGUCGAAGAUUAAUACAAGUUAAUCAAAACGACUACCUUUAAGCCAUAGGAUAUAUGAAGUUAAUACACGCCAAAUACAAUCAUUUAAAUAGUCCCCGUGAAUAAACGUUAUUUUCAACCAUA